UUGAGCCGGUCCUCGUCCCGUCCCGUCCCGUCCCGUCCCUUUCUCGAACCGCACCGGGGGGGGGGGAGAAGCCAGCAUGGAAGCGGUACUGUUGGAGCAUUUCCCCGCAGGGCUGGACUCUUUCUCCUCAGCGCCCUACUUCGACGACGAGGAGUUCUUCACCGACCAGUCCUCCCGCGACCCCCUGGAAGGCGACGAGCUCUUGGAGGGCGACGUAGACUUCCUGGCCCCGCAGUUCCACGACUGUUACCGCAGCGACGGCGGGGCUGGCGUUGGCGCGGGGCCCGGGGGUCAGCCUGAGGGUGCCUUCUGCUGUGAGGCAGCCACGGGCAGCUUCUCGUCGUCCUUCUCGCCGCCGUCGUCGCCCUCGUCGACCGGCUUCGCCCACGAAUGCUGUGGGCUAGCGGCGUCGCCCGGGGGCAGCCUGAAGGCGUUGAGCGCGGCGUCGGCGGCGCGGCGUCGGCGUCGGGUGCGCUCCGAGGCAGAGCUGCAGCAGCUGAGGCAGGCGGCCAACGUGCGCGAGCGGCGGCGGAUGCAGUCCAUCAACGACGCCUUCGAGGGACUGCGCUCGCACAUUCCCACGCUGCCCUACGAGAAGCGCCUCUCCAAGGUGGACACGCUGCGCCUGGCCAUCGGCUACAUCAACUUCCUCAGCGAGCUGGUCCAGUCCGACCUGCCGCUGCGCAGCGCCGGCAACCAAAGCCCCUGCCAGCCCAAAAAGGUCAUCAUCUGCCACCGGGGCACAAGAUCACCUUCUCCAAGCGACCCAGAUUAUGGACUUCCUCCUUUGGCUGGGCAUUCACUCUCCUGGACAGAUGAGAAACAGCUCAAGGAACAAAACAUUAUUAGGACUGCUAAAGUGUGGACCCCGGAAGACCCUAGAAAACUGAACAGCAAGCCUUCCCUAAACAACAUAGAAAAUGAACCUCCCUUUGACUUCGGAGCAUGAAAUGUGAAUGUUAACUGGGUUGUAAAUAUUGAUAAUCUUUAUACAGUCUGUACAUUUGUACUUAGAGAUGUAUAUUUUUCAAAGGUACUUUACAAACAAGCAAAAAAGUAUUCUAAUGGCAAUCAACUUUUUAUUUAUCUAUUUAUUAUUUAGUAGA